CCAGAGCCCCGGGUACUUCUUGUAGAGGUCCCCGCGGAACAUGCGGAGGUAGUUACCGACCUCCGAGCCCAGGUAGUACUCCUCGCCAUCCUCGCUCAGUCGAAAGGUCUUGGGCUUCGGGCCGUACGUUUUGAGCGUCGUGCAGUAGCCCCUUGAGGCCAUUUGCGAGCUUGAAAAGGAGAGAGAGAGAGCCCGCGCAGAUAAUUCUAAAUAACGCCCACCUGAACUUCGAUCGCGUUCCAAAUAAUGCUCACCUAGCUGCCCGCGCGGGUUUGAAACUGCGCAAGACACAAAGAAGGCUUGAUUACAGAGAUGGCGGCCCUAUACACGCGGGGUCGAGCAAUGGAGGUGGAGAACAGGAUCGCGAGGAGACGCAACCAGGAGGAAGCCAUGCGGCGGCGCUGGGAGAACCACUGGAACUACCUCCAGAGACUGGACGUCCAAUCUACGAAACGGGCGGCCUGGUUCGCUGGGUCGUCGUCGAGACCCGGCAGUGCCCGCGGCUCCGAGAGCCGUCGUGUGGAAGAGGAGCGGGAGGAGAAGAGAAAGAGAUUGGAGGAGAGGAGGGGGAGGUUGAGACGGCUCCUGGACGAGGAACGGGAGGGCUACGAGGUAGAACUGAGGGAGCUUACUCCAGACAAGGUGAAGACCAUGAAGACGAGAGUGGACCAUUUGAAGAGCCAAAGAAUGGAAAGACAGAAAGCACUGGCAGAGGAGAAACAUGAAGAGAUAUGGAGAGCGAACUGCCCGAAACUGAGACAGGCCGAGGUCAGACAGAGAGAGAAGGCCAUGCCGUCGAUGUGGCAGGAACAGGUGUCUGCCAAGACACAGAAAGAGGAGUCGUCCAAAAAGGAGAAGGAGAGGUAUCAGCAGGAGGUUGAGAAGGAGAGGGAGAGGGCUCUGAGGAAAGAAGAGGAACAGAAGAAAAAGAUGAAGAGUGAGGGAAGGGAUCAUGCCACGGCACUACAGAGGCAGAUGAUGGAGGUGAAGGCCAGAGAAGAAGAGGCAGCCCAGCUGGAGGUGGAGCAGGCCCAGAUUGAGAAGGAGCAGCUGGAGCUAGCGAUGGCAGAGGAGAGGAGAGAGCGACUGGAGGAGACUGCUAGAAAGGCUGAGUUGGGGUGAGCACUUUCUUGCAUCAAGUAUUGUGAGGAAGCUACCAAUUUUAAACAUUUAAAGACUUUGUUGACUUUGACUGUUAUCCAUCUUACGCUGGGACAAGCUACGGAGCUUUUAGUCCACGAAAGUUUUCUUAUGCGAAAUAUCUGUAUCUAGGAGGGUGCUUAGUAAGCAGGCCACGGCUCAGUUACGGAGAAAGUCUCAGAGGAUCCAGGAGGCUCUGGAACUGGACUUGAGGAUCCUGGAGGACAUAGCAGAGAGGGAGAGAGUUGAGAGAGGACUGGCGACUGAGCGAAGGGAGAGAGCCAGAGCUGAUGCUCAGUGGAUGAGGCAGGUGGUUGCUGAGCAGCUGGAGCUGGAGAAGAAGAGAGAAGCAGAGUUGGAUCUCCUGCACAGGGAGGAGGCCGCCAGGAUGUGGGCGAGGCGGGAGAGGGAGUGGGGGAGAGAGAAGGAAGCCAGGGAGAGACUCAUGAGCGAGGUGUUGGCGGAGAGAGCAGAAGCAGCUCUGUGAUAAGAUGGAGUCACUAAAACUGCAGCAGGCAGAGUCAAUAGAUCAGCGAGAGGUUCUCCUGAGAGAGAUGGAGAAGGCAACUGCGAGGACGGCCAGAGAGACAGUCGCCAGGAGAGAUGAGAAGACCUCUCGUGCAGAGGAGCUGCAGAUUCAGGUAGAGGAGAGGAGACGAAGGGCUGAGAGGAUGAGAGAGGAGUACCAGAGGGAGCUUGCCGAGCAAGACGGGCAGAGGAGGAGUACGAAGCUCUGGUGAGACGAGAGGAAGAAAGGUUGCUGUCUGGAGGACCUCGGCCAAAGCAUCAUGGUCGAAGGAAACAUGCUUGGUGCUGACAUCACUGGCUAUUAUGUAGUGUGCCCAAAUUAUUGUUCGUCCUUUUCCGGAAACAAAUUUUCAG